GAGCGAGCCCCCGCCCCGCCCCGUCGCUCCCCGAUGACGUGAAGCGUAAGCGCGGGGGUCAAAGGUCACGGGAGAGGGACGGGAGGGAAAGUGAUCGGGCGUCGGGGUGAAAGGCCGCCAUGGAGCCUGGCGCCCGCCCGGCCAAGCGCAGCAGCGGAGCCGCCGAGGCCCCCGUGGAGCCGGGGGGCUCCCCCAAGCGCGGCCGCUGGGCCUCCCCGACCCUGCCCACGGAGCCGGCCCUCUACGACGAGCCCUUCCCCUUCUACCGCCGGCCAGCCGAGGAGGGACGCUUCUCCCUGGAUGCCCAGCGGUGCUACCACCCCGACGCCCGCCAGCUGCGCUACUUCGCCCCUCCCCGCACCGAGCGCCCCGAGCCUGCCUUCGACCUGCGGCAUGGCUACCGUGACCUCUACGUGCGGCGGGACGAGGGCCGGCGCGAGGGGCUGGAGCACCUCCUGCAGUGGGUAACCGGGAACCGGGACCGGCUGCGGGCCCAGGGCGAUGCCGCGGGGCCUGAUACCAUAGGGCUCAGAUGGCCGCUUUCAGCUCAGCGGAGAACUGUUAACUCUGAAACCUACCGAUUUUGUAUGUGGCGAUGCCACCCCUUGUGUCCCCUCCAAGGCCCCGUGAACGCAGAUUUCGUGACCUCGGGGCACCUUACCAAGGUACUGACGACACCCUACGAGAGCCAGGAGGGCUGGCUGCUGGCCGUCAGCCUCUUCCGGGGCACGCUGUACGUGAGUGAGGUGGAGACGCCGGCGGCCCGGCAGCAGCGGGAGCAGCGCUCUGACAUGCUGCAGGAGCUGGCCUACAUGGGCUACAAGUUCGAGCGCUACAUGUGUGCGGGUAACCCGGAUGGGAGCCCAGACCCCACGGGGGUGGUGAACACCAACGAGGCAUUCUGCACGGUGGUGCGCACACGGCUGGGCUCCCACUCGCUGCUCUUCGCCGGGGAGGUGGACUGCAUCGACCCCGCGGGGCCUGGCCGAGCCCCUGCCUGCUACGUGGAGCUCAAGACAUGCAAGGAGCUGCACAGCCCCGCUCAGCGCAGGAGCUUUACAGUGAUCAAGUGGUGGGCGCAGACUUCCUCCCUGGCGUUCCCCAUUGUGGCAGGCUUCCGUGCCCCCGACGGCUCUGUGGGCCUGGAGACCUUUGAGACCAUGAAGAUCUUCCAGCUGAUACGGGGCGACCGAGGCUGCUGGAAGCCGGCCGUGUGCAUGAACUUCUGCGAGGGUUUCCUGGCCUUCCUCAAGAAGGUGGUGACGGAGGACGAUCCCCAACUCGUGCACCUCUUUGCCUGGGAGCCCGGCCAGCCUGUGUCCUACACCCAGCACCGGGGCGCAGAACACGUCUUCCUACCCGCCUGGUACGUGGAGACCAUGAGCGGAGGAAAGAAGCUGGACUGAGCCGCCUGGGGGGAGGGGGGGGAGUGGGAUAUGGGGCAGGGUACUA